CGCCGGCGGGACACACCCCCGCCCCUCCUCUGCUCCGCCAGUUCCCGCCGGACCCACCGGGCGGCGGAGAGAGCGGGCGAGCGAGCCGAAGAGCGGCAGCCGCGGCGGCGCGGAAGGGAAGGGGCGCGCGGCAGGCCCACGGGGAGCCGCCCGGGGUGCACGGAGCCCGCGUGCCCUCCGGGACCGUCCCCGCCCUGGGGCCAUACCUGUGGGCGCCGGGAUCCCGGGCAGCGGCGCGCCGGGCCGGAGUGGCGGGUGGCCCCGGGGACCCGGGAAGCGGGAGAAGGAGCCGGAGCUCGGCCGGGAUGAGAAGGUGACGCCGCCGGGGGGCGCCACUCACUUUGUGGGGAAAGAUGCUAGCCUACUGCGUGCAAGAUGCGACCGUCGUGGAUGUGGAGAAGCGAAGGAACCCCUCCAAGCACUAUGUAUACAUCAUUAAUGUGACCUGGUCCGACUCCACAUCCCAGACCAUCUACCGGAGGUACAGCAAGUUCUUUGACCUGCAGAUGCAGCUUUUGGAUAAGUUUCCCAUCGAAGGUGGCCAGAAGGAUCCCAAGCAGAGAAUCAUCCCCUUCCUCCCAGGCAAAAUCCUCUUCCGGAGAAGUCACAUCCGGGAUGUAGCCGUGAGGAGGCUGAAGCCCAUCGACGAGUACUGCCGGGCGCUUGUCCGACUGCCUCCCCACAUUUCACAGUGUGAUGAAGUUUUUCGGUUCUUUGAGGCCCGACCAGAGGAUGUCAACCCCCCAAAAGAGGACUAUGGCAGUUCCAAGAGGAAAUCAGUGUGGCUCUCCAGCUGGGCUGAGUCUCCCAAAAAGGACGUGACAGGUGCCGACACCAGCGCCGAGCCCAUGAUCCUGGAACAGUACGUGGUGGUGUCCAACUAUAAGAAGCAGGAAAACUCAGAGCUGAGCCUCCAGGCCGGGGAGGUGGUAGAUGUCAUCGAGAAGAACGAAAGUGGCUGGUGGUUUGUGAGCACCUCCGAGGAGCAGGGCUGGGUCCCUGCUACCUACCUGGAGGCCCAGAAUGGUACUCGGGAUGACUCAGACAUCAACACCUCCAAGACUGGGGAAGUGUCCAAGAGACGCAAGGCCCAUCUGCGGCGCCUGGAUCGCCGGUGGACCCUGGGCGGGAUGGUCAACAGGCAGCACAGCCGAGAGGAGAAGUACAUCACUGUGCAGCCUUACACCAGCCAAAGCAAGGACGAGAUUGGCUUUGAGAAGGGCGUCACCGUGGAGGUGAUCCGAAAGAAUUUGGAGGGCUGGUGGUACAUCAGAUACCUGGGCAAAGAAGGCUGGGCACCAGCAUCCUACCUGAAGAAAGCCAAGGAUGACCUGCCAGCACGGAAGAAGAAUCUGGCAGGCCCAGUAGAGAUUAUUGGGAACAUCAUGGAGAUCAGCAACCUGCUGAACAAGAAGGCUUCGGGGGACAAGGAGACUCCACCAGCCGAAGGCGAGGGCCCAGAGGCCCCCAUCACCAAGAAGGAGAUCAGCCUGCCCAUCCUCUGCAAUGCCUCCAAUGGCAGUGCCUUGGGGGUCCCCGAGAGGACCGUCUCCAAGCUGGCCCAGGGCUCCCCAGCCGUGGCCAGGAUUGCCCCCCAGAGGGCCCAGAUCAGCUCCCCGAAUCUAAGGACACGGCCUCCACCUCGCAGAGAAUCCAGCCUGGGGUUCCAGCUGCCGAAGCCGCCAGAGCCCCCUUCUGUGGAGGUGGAGUACUACACUAUUGCCGAAUUCCAGUCGUGCAUUUCUGACGGGAUCAGCUUUCGAGGUGGACAGAAGGCAGAGGUCAUCGACAAGAACUCUGGUGGCUGGUGGUACGUGCAGAUCGGUGAGAAGGAGGGCUGGGCCCCUGCGUCCUACAUCGAUAAGCGCAAGAAGCCCAACCUGAGCCGCCGUACAAGCACUCUGACCCGGCCCAAGGUACCCCCACCGGCGCCCCCCAGCAAGCCCAAGGAGGCUGAGGAGGGUCCAGCAGGCGCUAAUGAGAGCCAGGACUCCCCGCUGAAGCUCAAGUAUGAGGAACCUGAGUAUGACAUCCCUGCCUUUGGCUUCGAUUCAGAGCCAGAGCUGAGCGAGGAGCCCAUAGAGGACAGCGGCUCAGGGGACAGGCGGCCCACCCAGCCCCAUAGGCCCUCGCCCGCCUCCUCCCUGCAACGGGCCUGCUUCAAGGUAGGCGGGUCCUCAGAGGACGUGGCCCCGGAAGAGGAGACCAUCUAUGAGAACGAGGGCUUCCGGCCAUGUGCAGAGGACACCCUGUCAGCGAGACGCUCCUCCCGGGAUAGUGACUCCCCAGGGGGCUCCCCACUGUCCCUUGCCCGGAAAAAUUCCCCCAAAUCGGGUUCCCCCAAAUCGUCAUCACUCCUAAAGCUCAAGGCAGAGAAGAACGCCCAGGCGGAAUUGGGGAAGAACCACUCGUCGGCCUCCUUUUCCUCGUCCAUCACCAUCAACACCACCUGCUCCUCCUCCUCCUCCUCCUCUUCCUUGUCCAAGCACAGUGGCGACCUGAAGCCCCGUUCUGCCUCGGACGCAGGCAUCCGUGGCACUCCCAAGGUUGGGGCAAAGAAGGACACUGACCUGAAGGCGGGGCUGACCUGUGCCCGGGCCAAGCCAUCGGUCCGGCCCAAGCCGUUCCUGAACCGAGCAGAGUCCCAGAGUCAAGAGAAGAUGGACAUCAGCACUUUACGACGCCAGCUGAGACCCACAGGUCAGCUCCGGGGAGGUCUCAAGGGUUCCAAGAGUGAGGAUUCAGAGCUGCCCCCCCAGACAACCUCCGAGGGUCCCAACGAGGGGUCUAGGAGGGGCUCGGCUGACCUCAUCACCCUCCCAGCUGCCACGCCCCCGUGUGCCACCAAAAAGGGACGGGGAGGGCAGGCCACCUCCUAUACAACAUGUAGUGCCUACCAGAAGGUCCAGGACUCCGAGAUCAGCUUCCCCGCAGGCGUGGAGGUGCAAGUGCUUGAGAAGCUGGAAAGUGGCUGGUGGUACGUGAGGUUUGGGGAGCUAGAGGGCUGGGCCCCCUCCCACUAUUUGGUGCUGGGUGAGAACGAGUCACCUGACCCCUCUGGCAAAGAGCCGGAUGCAGUAACCACCAAGAGCAAGCAGAAUGAGGGCAGGUCAGACAGCCUGGAGAAGAUCGAGAAGCGGGUCCAGGCACUGAACACUGUCAACCAGAGCAAGAGGGCCACACCGCCCAUACCCUCCAAGCCCCCUGGCGGAUUUGGCAAGACCUCAGGUGCUGGAGCAGUGAAGAUGAGGAAUGGUGUGCGGCAGGUGGCGGUGAGGCCUCAGUCGGUGUUUGUGUCCCCACCACCCAAGGACAACAACUUGUCCUGUGCCCUUCGAAGGAAUGAGUCUCUCACGGCCACGGACGGCCUUCGCGGUGUCCGCCGGAACUCCUCCUUCAGCACUGCCCGCUCAGCUGCCGCAGAGGCCAAGGGCCGCUUGGCCGAACGGGCCACCAGCCAGGGCUCGGACACACCUCUGCUGCCCACCCAGCGCAAUGGUAUCCCUGUGUCCCCCGUGCGCCCCAAGCCCAUCGAGAAGUCCCAGUUCAUUCACAACAACCUCAAAGAUGUGUAUGUCUCGAUCGCAGACUAUGAAGGGGACGAAGAAACAGCAGGCUUCCAAGAGGGUGUGUCCAUGGAGGUCCUAGAGAGGAACCCCAAUGGCUGGUGGUACUGCCAGAUCCUAGACGGGGUGAAGCCCUUCAAAGGCUGGGUGCCCUCCAACUACCUGGAGAAAAAGAACUAGUUGGGGAGGGGGGCGUGGGUUCUUCCAUCCCAAGUGUGGAUGAGUGGUGAGAUGAAGACAAAAGGGAAAGGGAAAAGGGGAGGCGGGUGGGGGAAGGACAACAUUAAACGCUGCAGAGUGUGUGACUUCAAGGACGCCCCCCUUCAGGCUGUUCCCCGGCUGAAGGCAGAAUCUGGUGAGGGCCCACAUUGAGCAGGGAAGGGAACAGGCAGGGGACACCUGGGACCAGAGAUGAGACAGCUGAGCUCCACAUGUACAUCUUGAUGACUUCACUGAUGGACUUGGCAUCAUUUGGGACAGGCCAUGUGGGAAACCCAAGUUAUGCCUUGGCUGCAAAUCUGGAAAAGAUUUGGUCGUAGGGGCCUCCUGUGCCCUGCCCCAGCCUAGCCCAGUUCCAGUUGCUGGCAUCUUGCCACUGGAUAUGGUCUUUGUAUCGUCCUCAUCUGUAAUUGUGAAUUGUGCUGGUUCCCCAGGGAUUGCCACCCCUGCCACGGCGGGUGUGGCAGAAGAUACCACUGGCUCUGGGUCUUGGAGGCAUCUCCUGUGAGCUCAGGCUGUCCCUGGGCCAGGCCACUCACUGUAAGUGUCUGUUCAUUGAAAAACCAGUUCCCCAGGUGCCACCAGGACUACCUUUCUUAGCCAUUGUGGCUUUGAGAAGAGAACCCGUGCUCCCCGGGGUGCCCAUGGAGGACCACCAGCCUGAGUUGACAGAGAAGGGGUGCGAUGCCGUGGAUGUUUUCACAGUCUGCACAGACUUUAUUCUGCGUAUUUCCGGGUGGGCAGUUCCUUUGCAUGUUUUGGGAGAGGUUUAUUGAUUUGGGUUUCUAUGUUGGGCCUUGGGUUUGGGUCUUAUUUUAGGGGUUGUUUGGGGGCCUACGGGCGGUCAGCCUCAUGGGGGAUGCGAUGGGUAGUGGAUAGGCUUUUCUGUCGUACUCUUGUAGGGAGGUUGUUUGUGUUUCACGUGCUUCCCUUCCACAAGGCAGUCAUUUCGUUUGGUUUCCACUGUGUGGACAGUGCCCGAGCAUGGCACUUGCCUGAGGGAUUGGGGGCUGGAGAAGCCCCGGCUCCCAGACACAGCGAAAUAGAGACACUGCUCUUCUGGUUCAUGCCCCACCGCAGGAGGGAGGAGGGUCUUGUUCAGGAGAGAAGGCGGCUUCACGCUACUCACUGAUCGCCCUUCUGCGUACGUUCUCCCUCCUGGGUAGGACCAAAAGCCUUACAUGUGAACUGUGGAGAAGUGGCCAUCACCCCCCACCCCAGGCUGAGGGGAGCCCGGCUGGGCCCCCUGGGCCAAAUUGCAGCAAAUACCACCAGCUGCCCCUCAGCCUGCAAGCGAUGCUACAGGUGCCUGAGAAGAUGGAGAACACUAGGCCAGGAGCUGACCUGGUCUUUCUGAGGGGCAGUGCCCCUGCGAAGAGAGAAGCGAGAGAAUAAAGUCCCUGUCAACUUUGGGUUGUGUCUUUCAAUCGUUGACAUUUCAGAGGGGACCCUCCAGAAGCCGAAGCGGCUUCCCAAGGACUCACCCUUUGCUGGGAGUGGAUUUCCACACGUGCCUUUGAUUUCAGACACAUCAGGCUUCACAGCUACCGAUGCAGCUGCCAGAAUCCUGGACUAAGGGUUGGUGUUUUCUACAGAGGAGGAAAGGCCCUCCCUCCAGCCCUGCUCCCCGACCAGGCAGUGUAUGUUGCCUGAAGAUCAGCACGGGACCCCAGGUCUUGUGUUGUCAAUAUUGUACCCCCCCCACCCCCCUGAGCCCCGAGGUCUUGCCUGGGGACCUCCCCCAACCCUCCUCCCUCGCCAUACACUGAUACCUGGCAGCUAUAGCAAACUGCUCGUAUUCUUUGUUGAAGGGCCGUGGUGAGAUUUUCUUUCCUUUUGUUUUGUGAGUUUGUUUAAAAUUGAAAUUAGUUAUUUUCUUCUGCUGGACAGUAUUCAAUAGAGCAGGAUAUGUUGAGUUAAUCUGCUAGAUUGCAGUACUAAUGGUAGUUGUGUAGUGUCUUCAUAUUAAUAUUAUUUGGACUUGUUUGAACAAUAAUGAUAAAGAAGUGGUUCAUUAUUUUUUAAUUAAUGCACUUUAAUAAGGUGGAAUGGAAAGAAACCCAGAGAGCAAAGUGCAUUACUUAAAGAUGCAGUAUAUACUUUCCUCAUUUUUAAGCAGCACAUAUUUAUUAAAAGAAAAAAAAGUAAUUUAUGAUUAUUUAAAAUAAAAUUUAAAAGUAGAGUGACUGUCGGGUUAAAGGACCGUCCACGUAGCUAUCUUCCAGGGGGAGGGCCCCAGUGGUCUCACUCCUCAAAUGUCUGCACUGAGCCAGUUCAAUCAAUAACUUGCCAGCCAGGCCAGGAAGCAGUGCAGGACGCAUCUGCCAAGCACAGAGCAUCUCAGUUGGACUGAACCACAGUGCUCCCCAUCGCCUGCCUUUCCCUGCCCCUCCUCACUGUCUGCACUGCCCCACGGGGCUCUCCACCACCCACAAGGCCUGCAUUCCCCCAGCCCCACAAGGACCCUCUCCUCUUGAUCCCCAGUGCUCUAAGUAAUAGUCAUUAAAAGUGACCUCCACGGUCACCACGCCACCCCUUCCUGUUACUGUAGCCCAAGGACGGGAAAUGACUUUCCCAAAAUCGCAUAGUUGAAUGGCAGACCUCCCCGCUGCAUCAAUCCUUGCACUCCUCCCCACCCCCAUUAUAGUUUAUUGUGUGGUCAUCAUGUUUACAUUGUGACAUCCAGCCCUGAGGAUGGCUGGGAGUUGCUCAGGCAUCCAGGAAAAGUGGGGAAUGCUGCCACCUGGUGGCAGUGUGUAGAUUUGGGCAGUGAACAGGGAUUGCCAUGCCCCAUCUUUGCACCUCGCCCCUCACCAUCACCCCCUAAUUCACAGCACAGCACAAACCCUGCAAACCAAAAGAGAAUAUUAAUACUUGAAGCAAAAAGGGUGCAUGCCAGUCUCUCUCAGAUAUGGCCAGGGGACGCCAGGCCUUGUGCCCCUGGACUCCUAGCUCUACCCAGGGCAAGAGGGCCUUUUCCUAGAGCUACUGAGCUGCUUUGUGAUGUUGGAGGGUACUGCUGGCAGCAGGUGGAGGGGGGAGGGGUCUGUGGCUCUGACCCAUCUGGAGGAAAACCACAUCGGACUGAAAAAGGAAAGAGAAAAAUGAAAUCUCAGCAGUGUCCAAACUUAGUUUUCCAUUAGUUGCGAUUGAAAAUGUGAAAUGACAUUGUAUGGCUGUAUACUGCAACUUUAAUCAUAAUGAGCCCUUCUGAGGUCAUUAUUGAGGUUUAUAUAAUGCCCGAAGAUGCAUCAUUGGUGCUUUUUCUUUCAGUUGAAAGACUUUCUUUUAUUACAAGGGGAAAAAAGUGUCUUCAUCUUUCUCCCACUUUGUAACAGCAGGCCUGGCUGGGCCCCCUGGCCCCGCCGUGUUGUUCCCACCAGGCCAAGGAGCCAUGGGGGCAGCAAGGGGUAACCCUGAACAGCAGGUGUGCCAUCUGCUCCAAGCUGCGGUGGGGCCCUGUUUGGCUAGCCCUCAGCCCCAUCCACCCCCAGCCUGGCCCCCACGGCUUCUCUCUCUUCCUCCUUGAUUCUACAUCUUGACGAAGGCAUUAUAUAGAAUUGUUUUAAUCACUUUCAGAUGCUAGAGCAGCAUAUUUUAGUGGCAUUUAUCCAUCGCUUUCCUCAGCAAGGCAUGUUACUACUCUUAUCAUCUAGGGAAAAAAGACAAGGGAAUUUCAGUCAAGCAUUAUUUUCAUAUCACUAGUAUUUGCAGAAUAGGCGUAGAACUAUUUAAAUUUAGACCUUGGUUUGGUAGUUUUGUUUUUAAGGGAGAAAAAAAGAUAAGUUAACCCCUACUUUUCCUGUUUUUGUAUUUAACUAAUAUAUUAUUUCUUUAAGGUUACUCACUUCCCCUACCCCCUCCAAAUACUUUGCAUUCUCAAUUGAAAAUGAAAACAAUCUGAGAGACAGGAAAAGUGCAAUAUUAUCAAGAGGGAUGCCAGGGCUUGUUGGGACAGUGGCGGGAGACCCAGUGGCCCAGUCUGUCGGUAGAAGGAGUAGGGUUACUGUAAGGAGUCAGAGCUAUGGACCAGACAGGUGGCCUCCUGGGGAUUGAUCUUUUCUUCCCCACCUCCCUGCUCCCCCUUCCCUGGCAAGAUGGCAGGGGUCCCCGCCAGAGGACAGCCCCUUUUUCUGUUGGGGGGUCUUCCACCCAGAAGAAAGGGAUUCAGGGAAGUGGCACGGGCUCUUGACCUCCUGGGGCCCCAGCCCUCGGGGCAGAGCAAGGAUAUCCAGGAACUGGUCCUUGUUUUCAUUUCCAUUGUUUUUUAGCCAGCUGCUCAGAAAGACCUGUCCUAAAAAUCACUCCCAGCAGCCCUGUCUCACCCCAGUCUCCAAUGUUUGGGCCAUGAUCCUUUUGAUGUAUGUUCGAGUCUUUCUAAAACUAUGUAACCUCAGUUCAGUUUAUGGGCAGGAACCCUAGAUGUAACCAAAUCCUUUUUUGGGGAUGUGGGUGCUUUGAGCCCUACAUAUCCCAGUGAAACACCAAUUUCCACAAGCCUGCAGCUGGGCUUGGUGCUAAGCCUGGGCCACCCAUUCAUCUCAAUGACUUCUGCCUGAGGAGUGAGCCCUGCCUCUGCUCAAUACCCUGACAGUCCCGAGGGUCUUAGAGAAGCAUCUGAGGGGCCUACUCAGGUCUGCAGACAGAACUGCCCACAACAGGUACCAAGCCAGCCUCCUCUUAACCUUGGUGCUGGUAGAGAAAGCAGCAGUAUGGGAAGUCUCUGGGUCCAAGCCCUUGGAGCUCUGCCCCUCAGGGCUGCAGGGACCCCCUUGCUGGCUUGUCCCCUCCACCUCCAGUACUGUACGCUUGCUGCUCCAACCCCUGUUUGGUGAAUUUCUGUACAAAUAUGGAUCUAUGUGCCCAGAGCGAGACUGUGCCCCCCGCCUGUGGGUGUCUCUAUUUGGAGUGUAUACAUCUAUGUCCAAUCUUUGAGAAUCUCGACGCAGAGUUCUCUGGAAAGAGAACCAUCCACAUAGUUAAAGAAUUAAGAUUCCCUCACUUUUCUGAGGGCCAGUGUGUUAAGUGUGUGGGUGGUGUGUGUGUGUGUGUGUGUGUGUGUGUGUGUGUGUGUGUGUUGAUAAUUUCCCACUUGAACUAAAUAACAUGGGGUUAGAGAAAAAAAUACCAGGCAAGCUGUCUCCAUUAUACGAGUCCUUGGCACCGGGCAGGCCCCACGGGACUGGCGGCUUCUGGCGGCAAGUGUGUUAUUCACACAUGUAAUUCUGGCUGGAGAGUGCAAUGUGUCUUUUUUUGUUUUGUUUUUUAAUUAUUUUAUUAAGUAUUUAGUUGGAAACUUCACACUGGCAUUAACAGAUCUAGCAGAAGCAGCCUAGGCCAUUGUCCCGGGCUCCAAAAUGAAGACGUUGAAAAGAGAGGCUUCUAGGUGUGCAAGCGCUAAGGUGGUUCACUUGGGUCACCUCCUGCAGGUGUGUUAUGUAGCAGGCGGACGCCCACCAUGGCCACGCACGCCAUCACCAUGGGAACCCCAUAUAAUAAAGGAGCUGCGGGCCCUCCGUUCUUGCGUUUCUGAGGGUGGUCAGGCUGUUCAGGGCAAGAACUUGCUCACAAGCUCAGCAGACCUGCGCGUGCAUAUACAUCAGCACCUUGCGUCUAGACUUCAGGCCCUGCCGCAAAUUUCAUGGGAAUCGUGUGGAGGGUUUCCCCUUGACCUUACUGAGCUUUUUGCCUAAAUCAUGAUCCCUGUUUGGGGCAGCCUGUGUGGUUCUCAUGCUCUAUGAUCAGAGAAGGAUGGGGUCAGUGACCUAGAACCUCAUUUCAGGAGAAACAGCCCCACUGAUCUUUAGCUUCCCUCCUGCUCUGUCCUGUGCACCUGUUCCCAGACCACAAGUUGGGCACAUUGUGCUUAUUGACUGGGUAGAGGGCUCUGUCUUCCAAGGUCUUGAUCCCAAACUGCCUACAAGGCUGGGAUUACCAUGCCAUCCCCCUACCCCAAUCCUAUCUUUUUAAUCUUAAGUUUGCACUUCAGCUUGACAAUCAGCCCCCCUCUCCCAUCCCAGUCCUAGAACUUACUGGCCUUCUAGAGUGGGUCCCUGUGCUGAAGGGUCCCUCCUUUGCCCCCAUUCCAUCCUGGCUAGUGGGGCUGGACUUCAGGAGGCGAGAGAGAGAGAAUUGUUUUAAAGCAAAAAGAUGGAUUGAGCACGUUGGAGACGAGCAAGAGGCAUGUCGGUGAGAUGAGUAUGUGCGUGUUUGCAGUGUCUGGGGCUUACCGUCCCUUCCCUGGGAAGGCAGCUUCCAGAAGAGGAUGUCUUCUAGGCAGAAAGGGUAAAGUGAGAAGGCUAAGAGAGGGUUUGGAGUCUGGAGUUUUGUCUAUUAAAAAGGAAGAAGUCAAUUCUGAGUGUUUCAGGAAGAAGAGAGCAGGUAAAGAGGGAAUUUAGGUUCAACACGCAAGGGUCCAGCCAGAGCAGGUUGGAAAAGCACCAAGAUUAGGCCAUAGAAGCUAGCCAGAGGAAACAGCUAUUUGCUGUGCCACAAGCUGGGUCCCCAGCAAGUUCUUAAUACUGAUGUACUAAGUGGAGAGGGGAUGUCACCAGCAACAAAUUGAUCUCUGAGUUUGGAGGUCCUGGCUCCAGAAUAUUCAUCCAUCUCCCAGGUUCCCAGCUGGUUUUGCCCACCUCCCUUUGUCCAAUCUAGAGCUAGCCUCUCAAAUUGCCUGAAUCAGUUGGACUAGUGACCAAAUGGGUCAUGCAGUAAGGGCCCACCACCCCCAAACUAGAACCCUGGGGUCUAGAUACCAUCAAGCUUAUCCGGGAGGAAAGCAACUUGUGGUUCUGUCGAUCCCAGUUAUUCUCAAGAGUCUCUGAUGAGACCUGUGGUUAUUCAGUUUUCUGAGCCUGCCCACUGGUGUGACUUAGAAGACAGAGUGCAAUGCACACUCAUCCAGGCCCUUUCUAGUGACCUCUGACAAAGGCACACUGCUCGUAAAUGUUGAUUUCAGAGAAGGAGGGGCAAACAGAACCACGAUUCUUGAAUCUGCAACUUGUUCUCUGCAACAGGUUUCCUUUAAAUCCAGUACAGGAUGCUAGUUACUGAGCGGUCUGCAGGAAGGAGACUUCCAAGCGAAGCAGAUGUGAGUGGCAGGACCCUAAAGCAUAGGUUUGUGGACUGCAUGGUUGCAUGUGAACUGUCGGAUGUCACUGGGCUCCAGAACUUUGGGGAAUUCCUCAUGGUGUCCACUUAACCCCUCCCAGCUCCUAGCAGGCUCUGUGGGUAUCAGGAGGAGGUCGUUCCCUCUUCCCCACCUCAGCAGAGAAACUGAAAAAAAGGACAUUGAAUUUAGUGUGGUCAAUUUGAAUGCUAAACAAUUUCCAGGAUCAAUGGUGGUGCUAAACUAUCUCCAUGUUUCUAAUAUUUUUAAUAGUGGUUUGUUUUUUUAAAUUGUUCUCAUCACAAAAAUGCAGUGUCCUUGGGGAAGGGACCCAGACCCUUGGCCUGCCACUUUCCAGGUGUCCUUUAUCAUUUGACGGGAUUCUUUGGUCUGCAGAAAAUACUAUCUCGGCAUGCUUCUAGACUGUAAGAUUUGGGUUGUUUUGUAUUUUAUGUUUACAUGCAUUUUCUUGUAUUUCCCUGAAAAUUAAAUAAAGUUUUUGGCCUUUUUAACAGAACAGAAUCACCUUUUAAUUCUCCCUGCCACCAGAAAACCCAUCCAGCUGAAUGGCAAAAGCCACAUUAUGCUGAAUGCAGCGUGAACUGCAGGAUCCCAGCCCGCUGAGGACACUGGAAUUGGGGGGCAGGGAAGUUCCCACCAUUGUUGGUAAGAAUUGUGCUCGAGCCCCUCCCCCUUUCCCGCCUUCUCAUUAGAUGCAGCUUUCUGUGCAAUGGCCAAGGCACAAGGCUUUGAAAGAGAUGCAGAUCUUUGGAUCAAAGACCCACGUCCAGCAGGCCUAGCUGGCCCCUCAGCUUGGAGCCCCUGACCCUCCCUACUUCUGCUGGACUCUAGUAAGCAGGGCUGUCCUGUAGGGAGCUGCCUGUCGCCAUUCAAGGCCAGGAAGAGGCUGGGUAGCCAGUGUCCUCCCAGGAGAGAGGGCAGGAAUGCAGGCAUCCCUGUGUCUCUGAGGCCCCACCCCACCAAAUAAGGAUGAUUCCGAAUUGAGCCUAAACCCUCUCAGCCACCCCCAGCCUCUGCAGCCAGCCAGAUAUACUCGGCACAUCUAGAAAAUUUCUCUUAAGGUCUCUGGUCAGAGGCCUUUUCUGCCCAGCUGUGCCACUCAUUUGGUAUAGGCCUCAGCACCAACCAAUGAGAGCUCAGCUCAGAUCGCAGCCAGGGGCAAGGGUCGGGGCCUGGGGCGAGGGAUGGGGAAAGGCCCUGUUCCUGUCCUGUGAGCUCGCUCAGCACGUCCCUGCUGACCUGAGGACUUGUCAUCCUUCCAUUAGCCCGUAGGUGGCGCUGCCACCCCACAAGGGUCGUGAGCCAGGUUUGAGCCCAGCUCAGCCCAAAGAGGAAGCCUAGCAGGCCUCGUGGACUCCCACCGCUCCUGCCCUAGUAAACAUUUCCCCUCACCGACCCAGGGACCUGAGGCUGCCAAAGGGCAGUGGUUUCUCCUUUUCAACUUGCGAGACUCACCAGGCAUUCUGGCCCCUGUUGUCCAAGCCCCAGGUCAGGCUCGGGCCCC